AAAAAACGACGCUAAAUGUUUCCUGUAUUGUUUCUGGCCUACAUUGUAGCCGUUAAAGUAUUCAAGAAGACUACCCCUAAUGGCAAAGUUACGGUAUAUCUGGGCAAGAGAGACUUCAUCGAUCAUCUAGAUCAUAUUGAUCCCAUUGACGGCGUUAUUGUCGUGGAGAAUGACUAUCUUCAGGGGCGUAAAGUUUUUGGUCAAGUCUCGACAACUUAUCGAUAUGGUCGCGAAGAGGACGAAGUUAUGGGAGUCAAGUUCAGCAAAGAACUCGUGCUAUGUCGCGACCAAAUAGUACCAUUGAAGAAAGAGAAGCAGGAGACCACAACGAUUCAAGAACGUUUGUUGAAGCGUUUGGGUUCGAAUGCAUAUCCAUUCACGUUUCACUUUCCGCAGAUGGCUCCAUGCUCAGUCACUCUUCAACCCGGUGACGAUGAUCAAGGAAAGCCUUUGGGAGUCGAAUAUGCUGUAAAAGUAUUUGUUGGAGACAACGAAGAAGACAAGGGACACAAAAGGUCCUCUGUAUCAUUAGCCAUCAAGAAACUACAAUAUGCCCCGCCGACGCGAGGUCGUCGACUUCCCAGCUCUUUGGUAUUCAAGGGAUUCACCUUCUCCCAGGGUAAACUGAACUUGGAAGUCACAUUGGAUAGAGAAAUUUAUUAUCAUGGCGAGAAAGUUGCGGCGAACGUUACAGUUACGAACAAUUCUCGAAAGGCAGUAAAAAAUAUCAAAUUGUAUGUGGUUCAACAUUGCGAGGUGACUAUGGUAAAUGCUCAAUUUUCGCGGCACGUUGCUAGCUUGGAGACUCGCGAGGGUUGUCCGAUUACACCAGGCGCAUCCUUCACGAAACAGUUCUAUCUUGUGCCUUUGGCCAGCAGCAAUAAGGAUCGUCGUGGCAUCGCUCUCGAUGGACAUCUUAAAGAUGACGAUGUAAAUUUGGCAUCCUCGACUUUAAUCGCUGAGGGUAAAUGCCCGACUGAAGCCUUGGGUAUCGUGAUUUCUUAUUCUGUUCGAGUCAAGCUGAACUGUGGUACCUUAGGUGGUGAACUGAUUACUGAUGUUCCAUUCAAAUUGAUGCAUCCAGCUCCUGGUACCAUUGAAAGAGAAAAGGCUAUACUAAAGAAGAGCAAAAGCAUCGAAAGAGCACGUUACGAGAAUUCUUGUUAUGCCAACGAUGACGAUGAUAAUAUCGUAUUUGAAGAUUUUGCUCGUUUGCGUUUAAAUGAACCAGAGUAAACCAAAGAUCGGCGCUUUUUCUUGCAGCUGAUUUCUUCAAAAGAAUCCUGAGCUCCGUUCGUAGUGGAUUAUUUUUCCGUGUUUAAAAAAAUUGAUUUUU